CACACACCCAGUACUGGGGACUGAACACUGGACCUUCACACUGAAUUAUAUCCUGGCCCUUUUCAUUUUUUAUCUUGAGACAGGGUCUCAGUAAAUCACUAAAUUGCCCAGACUGGGCUAGAACUUGUAAUCCUCCUGCCUCUGUCUCCCAGAGUACUUGGAUUACAGGUGUGCCUUACCCCACCUGAUCUGAAACCAGCUCUUAAUGGUAGCUCACCCCUACAAUGAUAGUUUUCAGGGGAAAGAAACCCUAUCCUUGGGUACCCUCCCUUGGUCCUCAUCUCGUUUAAAGUGCCUUAUAAAUUCAGGACUCCUGCAUGUAGGUAAAGCUAACAAGGACAUAGCACUGGAGGCCUUCAGAAAGGAAUUCUCUAAUAAGCCGGCAGAUGUCCCAACAAGCUUGAUCCCAAGGUGAAGCUCAAAUAACUCAGGCUACCCUGAAACACUGCUGCAUUUCAAAAAGAAAGAAAGAAACCCUCCUUUCAUCUUCCCAAGCAGGGAACCUAAAAUGUUUAGGCCUUUUACAUGUUCAUGAAUCUGACAGUACUUGUUCUCACAACCUAUUGCACGCAACUACAAGUCUGGAGCCCAUUGUUUAGAUUCUCAAGAUAAUGGGUGAGGUUUUCUCAGCCUCCCUUCCUCCCUCUGGGGUACACACUAGCAACACCCUAAUGGCUGCUUAGAGUUAGUUAAAAAAAAAAAAAAAAACACCCUUGUCCCACCGUGCCUUCUUGAAUCCCAUAGCUUUAAGUGCAUUAAAGCCUGAUAAGGUAGCUCUUCUGUUCCUCUUUUUGGCCACAUUUAAAAGAUGAAAUCAAGAGGAUUUUCCUUUUCCUAGACUCAGCCCAACUCUAUAAAGAGCUUCUGUUUUGUAAUCUGUUUUGGAGAUCUGAUGCGUUUGUUUCUAACACCCCAUCACGUGAGGUCUGACGUAGAUACCUAGCAUGACUGUGUGCAGGAGAUUUGCGUGGGAUGGCGGAGCCCGCUCCCUGCAGCAAAAUGUCUUUUGUCAGAACCCUUCCCGCAGGGACUGGCAGACCUGCACAAUAGAUCCCGCAUCCACACGGGCUGGCCUAGUAUGGACUGCAAGUGUGACUUUUGCAGGAUUCCAGAUGACAGUCAUGUCCCUUUCUAGGGACCUCAAGGAUGACUUCCACAGUGACACUGUGCUCUCCAUCUUAAAUGAGCAGCGUAUUCGAGGCAUUUUAUGUGAUGUUACUAUCAUUGUGGAAGACACCAAAUUUAAAGCCCACAGCAAUGUGCUGGCUGCUUCCAGCCUUUAUUUCAAAAACAUCUUCUGGAGCCAUACAAUCUGUAUUUCCAGCCAUGUCCUGGAGCUGGAUGAUCUCAAAGCUGAAGUGUUUACGGAAAUACUUAAUUAUAUCUACAGCUCCACAGUCGUCGUCAAGAGACAGGAAACAGUCACUGAUCUUGCAGCUGCAGGGAAAAAGCUGGGAAUAUCGUUUUUGGAAGACCUCACCGACCGUAACUUCUCAAAUUCUCCAGGUCCCUAUGUAUUCUGCAUUACUGAAAAGGGAGUGGUUAAAGAAGAAAAAAAUGAAAAAAGACACGAAGAGCCAGCCAUCACUAAUGGGCCAAGGAUCACAAAUGCAUUUUCCAUCAUUGAAACAGAGAACAGUAAUAACAUGUUUUCUCCACUGGACUUGAGGGCAAGUUUCAAAAAAGUCUCUGAUUCCAUGAGAACAACUAGCCUUUGCCUGGAGAGGACUGACAUCUGCCACGAGGCAGAGCCCGUCCGCACGCUUGCCGAGCACUCAUAUGCUGUUUCAUCCAUCACUGAAGCCUACCGAAGCCAGCCUGCCCGGGAACACGAUAGCAGUUCCCCCGGGAAAACAGGUAAAGAAAAUGGGGAAGCUCUUGCCACAAAACCGAAAACAUGCCGAAAGCCAAAGACCUAUUCCCUCCCCCAGGAUUCUGAUUCAGCCACAGAAAACAUACCACCCCCUCCAGUAACCAACCCAGAGACUAAUCAAGAAAGAAGCCCACAGCCAGCUGCUGUUCUCCCUCAUUCAAAAUCUCCCAACAAUGAGGAAGAUGUCCAUUUUUCCAGGGAAGAUGAAAACCAAUCUUCCAGUAAUCCUGGGCCACCAGCAGCAGAGGUCCCACCUCUCGUUUAUAAUUGUAGCUGUUGUUCCAAAUCCUUCGACAGUAGUGCUCUGCUCAGUGCCCACAUGCAGCUUCACAAGCCAACCCAGGAGCCCUUAGUGUGCAAGUACUGCAACAAACAGUUCACCACCCUAAACCGUUUGGAUCGGCAUGAACAGAUCUGUAUGAGGUCAAGCCAGUUGCCCCUUCCUGGAGGAAACCAAUGCUUUUUAGAAAAUUACCCCACCAUUGGGCAAAAUGGUGGUUCCAUCACAGGCCCAGAACCUUUACUCUCUGAAAAUCGGAUUGGUGAAUUUUCCAGUACUGGAAGUACUUUGCCAGAUGCGGACCACAUGGUUAAAUUUGUUAAUGGGCAAAUGCUCUACAGUUGCGUUGUGUGCAAACGCAGCUAUGUGACUUUAUCCAGCCUCCGGAGACAUGCAAAUGUCCACUCUUGGAGAAGAACAUAUCCUUGCCACUACUGCAACAAAGUGUUUGCAUUGGCUGAGUACAGGACAAGGCAUGAAAUUUGGCAUACUGGUGAAAGGCGGUAUCAGUGCAUUUUUUGUCUUGAAACUUUCAUGACCUACUAUAUACUAAAAAACCAUCAGAAGUCUUUCCAUGCCAUAGACCAUAGGCUUUCCAUUAGUAAAAAGACAGCAAAUGGAGGCUUGAAACCUACUGUCUAUCCAUAUAAACUUUAUCGGCUACUGCCUAUGAAAUGCAAGAGAGCUCCUUAUAAGAGUUACCGAAAUUCUUCCUAUGAAAAUGCUCAAGAAAACACGCAAAUAAAUGAGUCUACACCUGGUACCUAUGUUGUUCAGAAUCCGUGCAGUUCCGAAUUAUCUGCACUGAAUUUCCAAGAUAGUGUAAAUGCCUUGACCAAUAGCCCAGCCAUCCCAUUAGAGGCAUCGGCAUGUCAGGACAUACCCACUUCUGCCAGUGCGCAAAAUGCAGAGGGUGCCAAAUGGAGAGAGGAAGCAGUGAAGAUUGACCUAGACAGUAACUUUUACUCAACCGAGGUAUCAGUAUCUUCCACUGAAAAUGCUGUCAGCUCUGAUCUCCAGGCAGGAGAUGGACCUGUUUCAUCCCUGAGUAAUGGCAGUGAGAACUCAGCCUCCGUGAUCAGCUAUAGUGGCUCUGCACCCUCAGUCAUUGUGCAUAGUAGCCAGUUCUCAUCAGUGAUAAUGCACAGCAAUGCUGUUGCUGCCAUGGCCAGCAGCAGCCACAGAGCCCCUUCAGAGCCAGCUGUCAGUCAGUUCCUGAAAGAUGACAGUAAGCCUGAGACAGACAAAGUGGGCAGAUUUACAAGCAGACCCAAAAGCAGUAAGGAGAAAAAGAAAACUGUUCCAUGUAACAAGACAGAAAUUGCAGAGGAAUCAAAAUACGUUGCUGAUCCUGGAGGGUCAUUAAGCAAAGCCACAAAUACAGCUGAAGAAACCAGUAAAAUUGAAACUUACAUUGCAAAACCUGCUCUUCCUGGAACUUCCACAAACAGCAACGUUGCACCCCUUUGCCAAAUAACAGUGAAAAUUGGGAACGAAGCCAUUGUGAAAAGGCAUAUUCUGGGAUCUAAACUGUUUUACAAAAGGGGAAGAAGACCUAAGUAUCAAACACAGGAAGAGACAGCGCCCCAGGUGAAUGACCCAGAAACCCACAGAGACAGCCCGCUUGAUCUGUGCCAAUCUGAGUGUGUGGAGAUGAGUGAAGUAUUUGAUGAUGCAAGUGAUCAGGAUUCCACUGAUAAGCCGUGGCGCCCUUACUACAACUACAAGCCCAAAAAGAAAUCCAGACAGUUGAGAAAAAUGAGGAAAGGCAACUGGAGGAAAGAACAUGGGAGUAAGAGCCCAAGCAAUAAGUGUAAAUACCCAGCAGAGCUGGACUGUGCCGUGGGGAAGCCACCUCCAGACAAGGCCUUUGAAGAAGAAGAAAAUAAAGAGAUGCCCAAGCUGCAGUGUGAACUCUGUGAUGGAGACAAAGUGUCAGGAGCUGGAAACCUGGGCAGGCCCCACCGGCAUCUCACUUCCAAACCGUAUGUGUGUGAGCUCUGUGCCAAGCAGUUCCAGAGCCCUUCCACACUCAAAAUGCACAUGAGGUGUCACACUGGAGAGAAGCCGUACCAGUGCAAGACCUGUGGGCGGUGCUUUUCAGUGCAAGGAAAUUUACAGAAACAUGAACGCAUCCAUCUGGGCGUGAAGGAGUUCAUCUGCCAGUAUUGCAAUAAGGCAUUCACAUUGAAUGAGACCCUCAAAAUCCAUGAACGAAUCCACACUGGUGAGAAGCGUUACCACUGUCAGUUCUGUUUUCAGAGUUUUUUGUAUCUGUCCACAAAAAGGAAUCAUGAGCAGAGGCAUAUUCGGGAGCAUAAUGGGAAAGGCUUCGCUUGCUUCCAGUGCCCUAAAAUUUGCAAAACAGCUGCUGCCCUUGGGAUGCACCAAAAGAAACACUUAUUCAAAAAUCCAAGUCAGCAGGAGAAAACCAGUGACGUGUGCCAAGAAAACUCUGAUCCUCCGGAGAAUCAACAUUUUGUUGAUUCAGAAGACAAUGACCAAAAGGAUAAUGUACAAACCAUUGUUGAAAGCGUCAUUUGAGUGGCAGUAGUUAGAAAAAAAUCUUCAAAACAUAAGUUGGUGGGUUUUUUUUUUUCUUUUUGUGUUGUUUCAGGUUUGUUUUAUUCACUUAACAGUCAUGAAGGAGUGAAAUGUUUUUUAAAAAUUUCUAGUGUGAAAACUCCAGAAAAAGGAUCCUAAUACCUACUUUGGGUUUUAGCACUAACUUCAUGCAAAGUAAAAACAAUAUAGCUAAAUCCUCCAGCAUCCCAAAUAUCUUGUGAAUAUCUUGUGAAAGUUCUUAGCUGUGGUAUUUCUACCAGUGCAAAAGAGGAGUUUAAUUUUAGCCUAAUUUAAAACUUUCUAGUAAAUGCUGAUAGUUGGCUGCUGAACUGUCUUUAGUCACUGGAGAAAAUAAAGGUCAGAUACAAAGAAGGCAUCUUCGAAAUGUGUGAAGUGGUAAAUGAGCUAUGACAGUAUUUAUUUCCAUCUGGCUUCUGUACUAUUAAAAUGUUUAAAUUAAUGGAUACAUAUGAAAUACUUAACAAUGUAACUGAAAAUAUGUGUGUAAUGAGUAACCCUAAAGUAGGACAUUCAUACAUUAUCUAUAACUACUUUUCUGCAACAUAAACCUUGUAAAAUACGUAUAUAAAUCACUAUAACUUUUAACUGUUCAUAUCCCCUAUAGAGAAUUAUAAGCAAUAGAUCUACAAAUAGUGAAAACUGGUGUAAAAAUCAGUAGAAAGCAUUUUGAAUGUGAUUUAAGAGCAUGUGUAUGCUUUUAGAUGGAAUGCUGUGCUGUUCUCUUGAAAUACGGCAAGCUGUUCUUAGAACUGGCCUCCAGUCACAGAAAACAUGAGUCACGCCUUAUCUGUGAACAAAAGCUUCCCAGAAUUUACCUAUGCUGUAUAAUACUUUGCAAUGAAGAAGGGUCAGAUUCUUCUGAAACUCUGCAGUCUUCCAGCCAUCUCAAGGCCAUGAAUAUGGAGGUUUAGACAGAUUUAAGGGUUCAAAGAAACCUGGCAAAUCCCAUUCCACUGAAGGAAUGUCUGGGAGAUUUAUCUCAAGGGUGGUAAAUUUCCAGGCACUUGAAAGUGACAGAAAGCCUGAUCCCUCCAGUUACUAGCCUUCCUGGAGUUUACGCAGCUCACAGAUGCAUACUGAUGUAAAGCAAAAGGACAACAGAAACACACACACAACUGACUUAAGUCGGUAAGAGCAAGUGAUGACCUUCCUUGCUUCAAGCACUAGCUUUGAUUUUGGGAUUUAGGGAGGUAGACUAUGGAGUGGCAAGGCACUGUCCUUUACUUAUAUUGCUCAGAAACAAAUACACAAAGCCAAGUGCUUUGUCCUCAUAUUUGUAGACAUCUAGUUCCCUUACAACAAACUUAAGUUUCUUAGUGUUAACUGACCCAAAAUAUCAACAUUGCACUCAAAAAUCCAAUUGCCCUACAAGAUAUUCUGUCCUGUGGACUAGGUUCCUGGAAAGCUGGAACUCGUAAUUCUUUUAAAACUGCCAGAAUAAGAGGCAGAAAGAAUACAUUCCGAUUCUUUGGUCACUGCUCUGAGCAGAAUUCUGAACUCAGCUCAAGGCUGACCAGCAGCGAUGCAGGUUCAUGGACCUGAUAGAUGGAAUCGCGAGGUCAUCCAAAGUUGGAAGGUUAUCGUGAUGAAGAAGUAGUGCAGAGGACUCCAGAUUCUCUCACCAUGUGCUGUGAUGUCUCCAUGAAGAAAACUUAGUAUGGUUUGGGGUGGGCCAGAAAACAUUUACACACCCAGAAAAGGACACAAUUCAAGUUGACCUUAUACCAUAGUACUUUGCUAUUAAGUAACCCCAAUAUUAUAUCUGCCUUUAUCUUUUGUUUAUCAACAUUAACUUCCAUACAGUAUUAUAGGAUAGAGAAGAAUGGGAAAACACAAGCAAAUUCAACUUUAUUUUAUAUAUUGUAUAUACAUACACCUGCACCAUCUUUUUGGGUUUUGUUAAGGAGAUAGUCACAAAGGGCUUAUGAAAAUCACCUUGAAUUGGUAAUUAGAAUAUUGAUAAGCAAUUCUUAUGAUCCAUUCAUUUGUUUUCUGUUAGGAUUGUGAACCAAUCAAUUACAUAGUUUAGUUACUUUGAUUUAACUACAAAUAUAAAAUUAUUAUAUGUAGUGAUGUCUCCCAGCCCUUACAUGUGGAUAUUUUUAAAGUGGACUUGUAUGCUGAUAAUUCUAGACCAAAGUAAAUAUGGCAGAAUAUUUAUACAUGAAAAAGUAAUUUUGCAAAUAUUUUCUAUAAUUGUAUUAUUCAUUUAAAAUGUUGAUAGCUUGUGUUAGUUUCAGGGAGGGGUGUAUAUUUUGAUAAAAAAUACUUGACUUUGUAAUUCUGUAUAUUCUAUACAAUUUAUAGCAGAGCUGUUUUAAGACAACCUUGUCCCGUUUUUGGUUAAUUGUGAAAAUUUUAUUAUGAGUGAUGUUUAAGUAUGCAUUGAGUACAUAAUGACCAACUAGAAUUAAAGUAAGUGUAAACAGUGAACAUACUGUAUGCUGUACAAGAUAUAUUGUAACUUGCUGUUUUAGCAUCUGUAUUUUGGUUAGAAGAUAUUAUUAAAUGCAGAUGUUAAGGGUCAAAAAGUCUUAUUUUAUUUUUAGAAAUAAUGAAUAUAAACUUGGUUUUGCUUGAUUAAAAUAGCUUGUUUCUACGUUAA